UUAGAUUCAUAUAAAAAUUAAACUCUAAGACUGAAAGUUUAUUGGGUUUAGGAGUGUUUUUUCCUGUUUAAGGAAUUGUGCCGCAAGUCUGCAGCUUCUUCUCUUUCUCCUUUCAAAAGAAAAAUAGCUGCAGCCAUGCUCGACACUGCAUCUCUUUGCCCUUCGUCUUCUCUGUUGAUCAUGGAUAAAGGCUGGAUGCAUGAACAAAAGUUCUCCAAAAAAUAUGUUGAGGGUGUCCAAUCUUUUAUGCGACUUGUUCGGUCUCACUUUGAUCGAAAAUCUAAAGUUCGAUGCCCAUGCCAAGACUGUUUAAAUGUAAUUUUUCAAACGCAAGAAAUAAUGCAUGACCACCUAUUGAUCCAAGGAAUUAUGGGAACUUACGUGCAAUGGAUACACCAUGGGGAACAAUUACAAAGGAGAGAUAACAGUGAUGCGAUUUACAAUGAAGAUGAAAAUGAAGAACAUGACAACGAUGAUAGAAUUCACACUAUGUUAGAAGAGGCCAGUGGAAGACCGUUUGCCAAUUUUUCAGAGGAGACAACAACUGGAUUAAUAUGUGGUAAUAUGAGUGAGAAGGAAGCUAAAAAGUUUAACAAAUUGCUGGAAGAAGCUGAACGCGAACUAUACCCAGGAUGUAAGAAAUUCCGAAGCUUUCGUUUCUUGUGAAGUUGCUACACUUGAAAGUGUACAAUCAAUGGAGUAAUAAAUCGUUUGAUAUGUUGCUGGAGUUACUAAAGGAGGCGUUUCCUAAUGGUGAGACACUUCCUAAGUCAUAUUAUGAUGCUAAAAACAUGCUGCAAGGUUUGGGAUUAGGAUACAUUUUGAUCCAUGCUUGCAAAAAUGAUUGUGUGUUGUACUGGGCUGAACAUAAAGAUAAACAAGAGUGUCCACAUUGUGGUACUUCGAGGUGGAAAAUUGAUAAUGGAAGGAAUAAAAAGAUUCCUCAUAAAGUCUUGCGCUAUUUUCCGUUAAAGCCGAGACUUCAAAGGUUAUUUAUGUCUAAAAAAACAAGUGUGGACAUGAGGUGGCAUAAAGAAAAACAUCUUGAUGAAGAGAAUGUGUUACGGCAUCCCACUGAUUCUGAAGCGUGGAAAGAGUUUGACAAGAAUCAUAAGUGGUUUGCACAAGAACCUCGUAAUGUAAGACUCGGUCUUGCAACUGAUGGUUUUAAUCCAUUCGGUAACAUGAGCACAUCGUAUAGUAUGUGGCCUGUCAUUCUCGUUCCUUAUAAUCUUCCUCCUUGGAAAUGUUUUAAGGACCCAUUCAUGAUGAUGUCAUUGCUUAUUCCUGGUCCUCAAGCACCUGGAAAGGAUAUUGAUGUUUAUUUGCGUCCUUUGAUUGAUGAUUUGAAAGAGUUAUGGAGUGAUGGUGUAGAGACACUUGAUGCGUCAACUAGGGAGUGAUUUAAGAUGCAUGCCGCUGUUUUAUGGACCAUAAAUGACUUUUCAGCUUAUGGUAAUUUAUCUGGAUGGAGCACUAAGGGAUACAUGGCAUGUCCUACUUGCAAUAAGGAUGCACCUUCACAGAGGGUAAGAAGUAAAAUCUGUUACAUGGGUCACCGUCGGUAUCUUGAAGCUAGCCACCCAUGGAGAAGAAGCAAGAAAUUUGAUGGGAAGACAGAAAAAAGAAUAAAACCAAAAGAGCUCUCAGGAGAUGAUGUCUUGCAACAAUUGGAUUCCCUCAGUACUUAUAAACCAGGAAAACACUCAAAUAAUAAGAAAAAUAAACGUCUUCCUGAAGAGUUGAAUUGGGUGAGGAGAAGUAUUUUAUUUGAGUUACCAUAUUGGAAGAGCUUGAAGUUGCGGCAUAAUUUAGAUGUCAUGCACAUAGAAAAGAACAUUUGUGAGAGUAUUCUGGGGACUUUAUUAAAUAUUGCUGGGAAAACUAAGGACACAUAUAAAGCAAGACAAGAUCUUAAGGAUAUGAACAUAAGAAAAGAACUAUGGUUGCAACAUGAUGGUUCUAGUUGUACAAUGCCAGCUGCUUGUUAUAAUAUGUCAAAAAAAGAGAAAAAAAGUUUUGGGCAUUUGUAAAAGAUGUUAAAUUUCCUGAUGGUUAUGCUUCAAAUAUCUCAGGGUGUGUAAGUGAGGAUGAUGGUAAAAUAAGUAGACUCAUAAGUCAUGACUAUCAUGUCCUGUUACAACGAGUGCUACCUAUUGCUAUUCGUGGAUUUGAAAAUAAAAAUGUCUCAUCAUCAUUGAUUGAGUUAGGAGAUUUCUUCCAACGAUUAUGUUGUAAGACAUUGAGGCGAGAUGACUUAGAACAACUUGAAAGGGAUAUAAUUGUUAUAUUAUGUAAGCUUGAGAUGAUCUUUCCACCUGCUUUUUUCGAUGUUAUGGUACAUUUGGCUGUGCAUUUACCACGAGAGGCUAUGUAUGGGGGACCAGUACAAUAUCGUUGGAUGUACAAAAUUGAGAGGUUCUUGUGCAAGCUUAAGCGUUAUGUGCGAAACAAGGCACGACCAGAAGGUUCUAUUGCAGAAGGCUAUAUUAUUGAUGAAUGUUUGACAUUUUGCUCUAUGUAUCUUACCGGCAUCGAAACUAGAUUUAAUCGUGAAGAUCGAAAUGAUGAUGGAUCUAGCAAGAAAGAUGAACCUGUUCUAGACAUAUUUUCAAAGAGUGCUAGACCAUUUGGAGAUGGAGAUUAUGAUGCCAUACCAAGGAAAGAUCUUGAUAUGGCUCGGUGGUAUGUGUUGAAUAAUUGCGAAGAAGCAGAAUCUUUUCUUCAAGAGCAUAAAGAAGAGUUGGUGAAACAAGAUGUUGGGAAUAUAGAAGAGAAACACAGAGAACAAUUUCCAUUAUGGUUUAAAAGGAAAAUUUUGAAAUUAUAUAAUAAGGACAAGUCAACAUCUAUCAAGAAAUUAUAUCCUUUGGCAAUGGAAUCUGAUGUGCGUGGAAGAAAACAUAUUGGCUGUGUUAUAAAUGGUGUUAGGUAUCUUAUUCAACGACGCGAUGAAUUACGUAAAAGUCAGAAUUGUGGUAUAGUUGUUGCAGGCUAUCAUGAAAAUGAGUUGAUUGAUUUUUAUGGUAUAAUAACUGACAUCAUUGAGUUAGAGUAUGUUGAUGAGAAUCGAGUUUUUCUAUUUAAAUGCAAGUGGUUUGAUCUUUGCAAGAAAACAGGGAUGCAAAAAGAUAAACAUUUUACGAGCAUAUGUGUUAAAAGAUUUUGGUAUGAACAUGAUUCUUUCGUACUAGCUACUCAAGCAAAACAAGUAUUUUACAUUGAUGACCCAAAAUUGGGGGAAAAUUGGCGAAUUGUGCUCAAAUUUCAAGAUAGACACUUAUAUGAUGUCCCGGAGAAGGAAAAUUCAGAGACAGAAAGUGAUGGGUCGCAUAUUACAAAUAAUGAUGUGUAUCAAGACAUGUCACUUGAAAGUAAUUCGAUUGCCAAUGAUACGGUGGAUAUGUUGAGUAAACUACAUAGAGAUGAUGUUGAACCGAUUACCCUGGAUACAAAUGUAAUUGAAUUGGAGGCUCAAACAGAACCAGAAGUUGAAGUUGAUUAUAUCGAAGAAGGUUCUGACCAAGAGGAUGACACUAUGGUAGAGUACAUAAGUGAUAAUGAGGAGAAUGAAGGUAAUAAUAGUACUAAUGACGAUGAAGCUGAUAGCACAGGUGAUGGCGACGACAUUGGCUUGUGAUGUAAUCUCAUAAUAGUAAGGUAUAACAUCCCUUAUGUGUCCUCAGCCAGUGGUGGUGACAUGAUCCUCCAAGUGAUGUAGAUGGUGAACCUACAUCACUCAUGGACACAAGAAGAUCAUCCGGUGGUAGUAAUCCUAGUGACAACUAUUAAAGUUCGUUGAAUUUGGAUUAAAUAUAUGAAAAUGUGAUUGUGUGGUUAGAAUGGAUGUUAGAAUGGCUGGAGUGAAUAUUGGGUUUAAAUUUAGUUUGUAAGGCUGAUGAUCGUACUUUAUGAUGAUCUUUUUGUGUUGUUAAAAUAUGUUGAUAUUUCUUAUAGUUAAUAUGCCUUUUUGGGUUUGAUUAUGAGGUCUAUAGGUUAAUAUGCCUUUUUAGAUUUGAAAUGAAUUUUGGGAGCCAUUUCUUAUGCUCAAAGUGGCGAGAAAUGUGAUAAAGUUGAAUCACGUCGUGCCACGAUGUUAAAUGUGGCACUUGGUGGGAGGCAACCUAUCGAUUUCAAAUUUCUUAGUCGUUUUUUGAAAUUUUCUUUUUUAGAAUAGUUUAUUAUAUUAUUUUUUACUAAUAUACCAAGUUUCAUGUUAUUUGGAAUUAAUUGGACAGGUUUGAGGGGUUGAAGUUGGUUAAAAUAGUGCAAAAGUUUUCUUGCUUAAAACAGUGCAAAGUUCUCUGCCAGUUACAUGGAGAGCAGGCACAAAGAAGUCCCAAAGCGUUUUGUGGUUCAGAUGGUUUGCCUUAUUUUGGGUCCAGGUAAGUGUUAGACCAUUCACCUCUCCUAUUUAUUUCACUGUAACUUCCAGUUCCCCGACUCCCCUACACCUUUCACGACCACCAGGUAUGCUCCUCUUCUCUUCUCUUUAUCUCCCUCUCUCUCGCUUUCUCUUUGCUGGCAGAAUUUUGUUUUCAUCAUUUCUAUACCUGUGGUUUCUUUGAACCCUCAGGGGUUGGCCUGGUGGUAAUUGGCUUGAGCCUUGGGCCAUCGGACUUGGGGUAAAACCCUGAAUUACCCGUGGUGCACUUGCGGGAAAUUCCUUGCCGAGGGCCUGUGCACCCCCGGGAUUAGUCGGGGCUCAAAGAGACCCGGACACCCGGUGCUUAAUCAAAAAAAAAAACCUGUGGUUUCUUUGUGUGGAAUUUAGAUAACAAAUCGUGAGAAUCUGGUGCUGUUGUUUGAUCGUGAUGAAUAUAUGAUUGUUGAACUAUAAUCCCACUUUUUGGGAGGGUAACUCUAUUAUCCCGUUGUCACAAAAAACUUGGUUAAAGUUAUGCACAUAACCAGUUCGAUAUAUUGUCUGAAAGACGAUUUCAUUCGCCAAUGAAGUCUAGGUAACCAGGUGAAAUUAGGAGAUGCGUAGAAGUGCGUUUUGGGUAGUGCCGAUUGGCUUUAAAGUGUUCUGUUAAGAUUUGACCAAUUUAUAAGGAAAUGAAAAUUGGGAAGAGGAAAAGUGUUACACGGAGCAGUAUGCUAAUCUAUAGCCAUGAAUUUUGAAUUGCUGAAUUGCAUUCUUUUAUUUGUUUUCUUUAGUUGAGCCUUUGAUAAACAUGAUCUUCAUUUUAUUGUAUGAUCAAUGAAUUCUGUCAGUAAACUGAAUGGUCAAUCACUGUUAUUCUGAUAUAAUAUGGCAGGAGUUCUUAUUUUAUACUAGAAUUGGGACAAGACACGUGAGGCUAGUUAAAACUGAAAUUAUGUGAUGAAAUGCUGGGCCUCAAUCAUCCACAUUGUUGACCAUAUUGAUCUUGAUGCUUGUAGUGUUCUCCUCAAGCCACUUUAUGAAACGUCCAAGAUCCUUGCUUAGAAAAUGAUAAUGGCUGCCUUCCGAUACAUAAGGCAGAUAGCCCAAGAAGCCAAUAGAGAAAUCCAAUAUGCUGGAGGUCAGCAACCUGCUGUGUUGAACUCAGAUGAUUGUCAUGUACUACUGUGCUAAGAGUCGGAAUCUAGCUUUUGGUUGAUGUUCUUAUAUUAUUUUUAGCCUACAAGUCAUGUGAUUAGCUUGCUACUCGAAAUCUUUCAUUCUCAAUAUUUACUGCAGGGGAUUCAAUAAUGCGGUUAGUGGAUUUAUUGAUGAUGGUAGGACAACUAUGGGUAGUGAUGGUGUGGAGGAUGUAACAAGUGCUGUAAACUCAUCGCCAAGUAAAUUCCUUGAUGCACAAUAGAAGAUCACCAAAAGAUUCAUUCCACUGGAGCUGAAAUCAGUUAAGUGAAGUCUAUCUAUUACGUUUCCUACAACUUCAAUGUGUAAUAAAUUUUGGCCGUAGGAGAAACCUACGAAUGCAGAAACUUCUAGCUUUUAAUCACAGCUUUUUCUGCCUUUCAUCUUUUAGAGAAUUUAAGAUUAUUUUGGUGCUUUAAAAAGUUAAUAAGCACCUAGCAUCUGAAAACUGCCAUAAAUAUCUAGACUAGAUUAUCACAUGAAAAGCAGGGCCGCUUGAAGAUUGCAGACUUUUGGUGGUCUGUACAAUCAAGAAGCAACAGACAUACAAUGUGCGGAACUCUGGACUAUCCAGCACCAGAAGUGGUGGAGAACAAACCUCAUGAUUAUGCAGUUGACAAUUGGACUCUAGGGAUCCUCUGCUACGAGUUUUUAUACAGUGUGCCUCCAUUUGAGGCUGAGAGACAGACCGACACAUUCAGAA